GGAAGCAAAGUUUGAUUUAGGGGUUUUUGACACUUGGGACACCGGAGCUCUCUUCAUUCUCCAGGCAGCAGGAAUUAAAAAUGUUUUUGGCAUUAACAACUUUCAACUUAAUGCUUAUCAAUUUAAAUAUGCUGGGAAAGAAUUUCCGAAAAAUAUUCCUGGAAAGAAAGAGAGAGAUAGCCGGACAAUAUGCAAAAAGCUUUCAAAUAUUCUCAACUGUUCAUAACGAUUUGAACACUUGGUAUGCACGCAUUGAUAAAUCAGGAGAAACAGUACAGAACCUUUAUUCAAAGAUUAAAGGAAUAUUCCUCAACGGACAUCAAUUGUUUGAUUUUCCUUUAGGUAGAAACAAACCCGAAAAUGUUUUUUAUGUUGGUGGGAUUCAUCUGAAAGAAUUUAAGCAUGAACAGGCAAGAUUUUUGAAAACAAUGUUAGGGUCAUUCAUGUUUAUCAUGAAAAUUUUUUAG